UAAUUCAUUUCACCAUUUUCUCAUCAUCACACUCAUAAUGUGAGCGCACCAAAAGAGCAUUAUUGUUUUGAAGAACUUUGCAAAGCUCAUAGAGGACAAUUCACACAUACAUCCCAUGAUUAGUAGCAGUCCUCGAUCGAUCACUAGCAUUUAUCAGAAGCACAUGAAAGAGCAAACAUAGUAGCCCCCCAUGAAAAUAGACCAUUUUCACCCAUAUCACCACUUCACCCGACCCACGACCCAUCCAGACCUCCAGAGUCUAGACCCAGCGAGAAGAUUCUCUACUUGUAAUCUAGAUAACACACCCGAAAUCCACCCCUCCGCCCAAUCCCACACCGCCACGUGUACCGAGACAACAACGUCACCAACCCUCUCCCCAACGUGGUCAAGUAGUCAGUCUCUCCCUCCCUCUCUGCGCCACUGCCUCUGUCUCAGUGCUUGGGUGCGUAAAUGACCUUUCUACCCUCACCCUAGAGAGCUGUGAAUACAGAGAGAGUGAGAGAGAAAUGUGCCACACCAAGAACAGUCCACCGCCUCCGAAUCACGAUCGUCACGUGAGGCUUCAUCAAACCAGGUCGAUGUCUAUGAUGAAGAUCAUCAAGGAGGAAGAAGAAGAAAGAGAAACCAAGCCAGCGGAAAAAGCGCCGGGAAAAUCGAAGCGAGCGGCGGCGAGGAAAUCGAGGAAGAAAAAGAGCCGGAGGAAGAAGCCCAAGUACUUGAGCCUCCGGUCAUCGCGCCUCUCCGCCAAAAGCGGCGUCGUCGUCUCCUCCGCCCGAGCCGCGGCCGAAGCUGACGAGGUUGACACGGAUAUCAAGAUGACUGAGGCCACGACGACGACGGCGCGCCGCCCCGGCCAGCAGCUCAACUUGUUUCCGUUGCAUCCGGAGCUGAACGCGGCGGAGGCCGAUCACCAGUCCGACGACAACGUGGCCUUGCUGUUCGAGUCCCACGGCGGAGCAACACUCCACGGGCUCCUCACCUCCACCGACACCGCCACCGCGACGACGACGUCGACAAUGUCGUCCGAUCACGAUCAGGACGAGUCCAAUUACUCCAGCUACGCCUACCGCCGCGGCGGCGACAUCGUACGGACGGCGAUGAGGGGGAGCGGAGGAGAUCCGAGCGUCGAGAAGUGGGUGUGUUACUCGGAGCUGGUCAAGGAGGAGGUUGAGUUAACGGCGACGACGAGCUCGGCGAGCACGUGUUGCAGCGUCGGCGAUGAUCGCAAGAAGAGUCAUCAGAAUCAACGGCUGGCGUUGAAGCUUGACUAUACGGAGGUCUUGAAUGCUUGGUCCGACAAAGGCUCGCUGUAUAUCAAAGCCGAAGACGGCGAGCCGCCGCCGCAAACGGUACCGGACUUGCUUCAGGAUCAGCUCUUUGAGCACCUCCAUGAUUCCAGUGCCAAUAUUGAGGAUUUAUGGAGGGUGCCUGUAGAGGGUGGCAGUGGGAGUGGUAGCUUGGCAAGGAAGACUCAAAGACAGGAGAGUUUAAUGAGAUACAAGCAAAAGAGGGAGAACAGGCUGUUUUCUAAGCGGAUUCGAUAUGAAGUUCGGAAGCUAAAUGCCGAGAAACGACCCCGCAUUAAGGGUCGGUUCGUGAGGAAUAGUUGAAAGCCAAGAUGUAGGUAUGGAUCCUGAUAGUUAAGUGCUUAAGGAAAAGGGGAAGGACAAUCAGCUUGGUUUUUGUGUUUAUGUCAAAAAAUUAAGCUACUAUGAUCUUUUCCUUUUACUCUGUGUUUCCUGUUACAUGGGGAAGAGAAGGUAAUAAUGCUUUAUACAAGAAAGUAUAAAUGUUGCGUAAAAUGAUAUACGGACUAAUGAUGACCAGAACUAGAUAAAUUUCCUUCUUUCUUGCUUCUAAGAACAUACCCCAAUUAUGGCUGGCAUUGAUGCACCUGUAAUUACUUCUUA